CUGCGCUCAGUAAAACGGCGACGGUCCCUGAUGCCUCCGCGUUGCAAGUAGAAUGAGUCAUUGUCGACGGUCCCUGUACUUUCUGAUGAAAUCUCAUGUGGAAGCGACGCGGCGGUUGAGGCUUGAAUUCGGACGGGAAACUGAAACAGUAUUACAUCAGGAGGACCAAUACCAACUUAAACUGGAUAACGACGCGGAUAAACGUGUUUUGGAUCGAAUGUUUUGAUUACAUCGACGCUCUGUGGGGAACUAACAGCCAAGCUAGUUGCCUCAGCUAAGCUAACCUGCUAGCUCAACCGAGACUUCCAGCUACCGCCGCCGCCGCCUUUCCUUGUAAUUACACUCAGAAAAAAUGGCUCCUCUUUCGUUUUCAGGCCUGGAUCUUUUCCUGUAUUACAACUCAAGCCUGACGAGCCUUUCUUUCUCCUUCAGCUCCGACUCUGUUUCUACCAAAUUUUCUACAGUAAAGAAGUCUAACCACCAUUCUCAGCAAAGUGUCAACGCUGCGGAGCGCUCAGGGGUCUCGGACGAUAUUUCCUGGGUUCCCUCUGGAUGUAGUAACCGGUAUAUGUGCCAGUCAGUGUAAAAACUGUGUUUAACCUAUAACAGGAUUAAAGUGUUUACAUGGAAAACGUUAACAUUUGCCCCCAUUGACUUGGACUGCGGCUGGUGCAGCCCCAGACAGUUUGGCAGCUGUCACAUUAGUAACUAGUCAAUAACGGCUGAAUUUCCACUGUUGCACAGGUACAAUCAGAUGAUUUGUAAUUUGCACUUUUGACUUAACAGCGAUGUUCAGAAAUAUGAGUAAUGAGGGACAUUUUUCUGGUGGACAAAGCUCGACCUCUCCGAUCGGGCAUGGGGUCGCCUCUCCCGGCCUGGACAGUCAGGAAAGCUCGUGGAUCGGCCUGCUCUCCGUGGUGUCCAGGCCCGCGCUGUCAUUCCUGCACAAAUAUGUCACGGGCCGAACCCGAACCCCGGCUUUGUCUGACAGUGGACCCAGGUGGAUCAGCGCAGAUAUAAAAGCCAGGUUUGUCGAUAAAGAGAGGGAGAUUUUAAAACAGCUGGACGACAUGAUGCCGGCUCCUCACCUAACCUACCGACGUUGUCAACACGAAGGCGCCGCCGGCCUGCUGGAGCCCCGGACUGACCCCACAUUACCCUGGUUGACUGCUGAGUCUCUGCGGGACAUGGGAAUUCAAAGCGCUGAAGAGAUGCAGACUCAGAAUGGACAUUUCUCUUCUAUCAGGACUAUUCUCAGUCAUGUUCUGCUGAGCUCGUCUCAGGAAAUUAAACCCACAGCAGGGAAAGACUGGGUGAAGAACACUGGGGGGAGCAGCCAGACCUGGUGGGGCAGCUUCUGGGGAGUUGAGGAGGACCAACAGAAAGGACCGUUGGAUUUGUCCUGGACUGAGGAGGGGACAGUGACAGGCCCGCUUUGUCCACAGCACAGGGUGGCUGAGACAAAAGUCCCCACUGCUGAAACAACUGAUGUGUUUGUCCAGAACAGCUGCAGGGACUCAACACUGGGAGAAAACACUGGACCAACUGACCACAAAGAGGAGCCGGCCAACAAUGGAGGCCUUCACAGAGUCCAGAACACAGAGGAGCCCACAACAAACUCUCGGCUCACUGUGAGUGGCCGCCUGAGCAGCUCAGGAGCUGUUGCCGCCUGCAGCGAGGUGGCACUUCUGACACCUGAUCAGGAUAAUGGGUACUCCAGUCUGGAGGAGGAACACAUCCAGGGGUGCCGCCUGUGCCUGAUGAAACCGUAUGACAAUCAGCAGGAGCCUGGAAAUGGCAACAGGACUGAGAUGGAGGUGGAGACAUCCGAGGAGGUAGAGUCCCUGCCAGGAAAGCUCAACAAUGAAGAGGAGAUGCAGGAAGAACCAACAGCCAAUCAGGAGGGCCAGUCUGCUGAGGCCACAGUGCUCUCCAUCCCCCAGUGCCAGAAUAAAACCAUUGCCUUCAUCAUGGGCUGCCCCUGCAGUGACGAUGACGACAGCAGCCAGUCAGAUGAUGAUGAUGAUGAUGAUGGUUUUGACAGCGAGGGCUCGUCUGCUCUAUCCGACUCAAGUGAUGAAGAUGACGAAGCCUCAGACAGUGAUGUCGACUGGGAGGCCGACCGCCUGUGGAGCACCUUGUGUCAGAGUCUGGACCCCUACAACCCCAGAAACUUCACGGCCCGGCUUCACACUGGCAGCAGCCCACCCAGGACCAUCCCUAACCCCACCCCCUUCUCCUCCACCCCAUCUACCCCUGCCUCCCCCCCUGAGCUCCCCCCCUCCUCUUUUGCAACCUCCUCCACCCCGCCUUCUGACCAGGAUGUCUGGGAGGACUCCACCUCAGCCAGCGAGGCGGACGAAGCUGAGAGCAUCCACCUGUGGAGCUCCUUCAGCUGCUCCUCUGACCCCUACAGCCCCUUGAACUUCCAGGCCCCACUUAGGACACGAGUGCCCUCUGAGGCUUCUCCCAGAGCCAAGAAGACCCCCCUUCAUUCCCCCUACCAUACCCCUGCAGCUCCACCUGAAUAUAGGAAGGCAGAGGCUGAGGAAAGGCUGGACAGCGGCUUCUCUGAACACUCCAGCUCCUUCCGCGCCUGCAGUACCCAGAGCUGUGCUCCAACCAAAAAGGUUCGUUUCUGUGAUGAUGUGGAGGAGUUCUUUGCCAGCUGUGGUGAGGAGGAGGAGGACCGCCGGGGCCCCUGGGAGGAGCUUGCUCGAGACCGCUGCAGAUUCCUGCGCCGCUGCCACGAGGUAGAGCAGAGCAUCGCCUACUGCCUGCAGCCGCAGCACCGCAGCCUGGUGUACCGCCGCCUCACUGUCCACUGCAUCCAGGACGCCUAAGGGGGGGCGGAGCACACGUCCCAGCCGACACAUGGCUCAUAUAAGAACAGAUAAACUACUUGUAUGCAGAGAUACAGGUGGACUGACAGACUGACUCUAGUCAUCUUCUGAGAUGGUUCAGCCUCAUUCUGAGUCCAUGUCAGUUCCUGUAGCUUCAUCUUUCUGGACUCAGACAACAAAUUCAAUGAGAUUCAGGGCAUGUUCCUAAGUGUUUAGUACAUCUGACCUGUGAGGUGUUGUUAAGGUGUUGUUAAGGUGUUGGUGGUGGUCUGAAGGGCUUCACCUGUGGCCACACUGUGAGGGAAACUGCUCAAGCAGAGAGCUGCUGUCUGCUCUGGGUGAGAUAGUCGUCAGGACAGAAGCCACAGGGUCCUGGAUUUGUGCAGACAGUAAAAUGUUGCAACUUCAGUAUUUUCUUUCAUGUCUCUGCACAGUCUCGUGUCGUCAUCUGUUUCACUUGUGACAUCGGAGGCAGACACAAGCUGCUGCUUCCAUCAGACACGUACAGGGAGAAGUCACAGGGUCAUGUUUCUGUACAAUACAGGGUCUGCCCAGCCCCUCGGGCCUCUGAAGUCCUUCAAACAAGCAUGUGUGACAGCGAUGGAAAAUGUCCAUCACCGUCUCUCAGGGUGAUUCCUUCAGGUGUCUGGUUUUGUCUGGCAACAGGUCAGAGUUUUGAGUUUACUGGGAAAUGAGUCAAACAUCAGAAGCUUCAGCACCUGUGUAAAACACGACUAAAACUGUUGGUCGAUUAUCAUCAACAUAACUUCAUCAGCAGCUGUAGCUUCGGUUUAGGCUCCAACAAACCUCACUGUGGUUUUGGUUCCUCUUUAAUUUUCCAGAGCGGAGAGAAAAUUAGAAAAGUUCAAAUAAAAUUUUUAGAGCAGUGAAUCAGGUUUUCCAUAGUGGGGUGUGUUCAGUGUCUUUGUUUUUGUUGGAACCAGCAGCUUCUGUCUGUCCUGACCAGGUGUAAAACUGAUGAUUACCUGAAAAAUUAAAAAGUGUGAAGGAACUAGUGAGGCUCCCCAUGUGUGAAAUCACAGUGCAGUGCUUGUAUUUGUCGGUUUGGUCCUGUCUGCUUUUGGAAGCCAAAGAUGGCACAGUGUUGUCAAGUCGGUAGGGUGUCUCUCACUGGCAUUAACAGAAACCGCCUCUGACCAGGCGACUGCUGAGCUGAAUGUCCAACACCGACAGGAAGCUGUGGCAAACAGCACAUUGUUGGAGAUCAGAGCAGAAAUAUUCAGCCUGUUGAUGUUUCAUUUCCUCCACACACAGCUCAUGACAGAGGUAUUUGAAGAAUGUCUCAUUUGUCAGAACUUUUAUUUUGACUUCUAUGUCAGUCAGCUAAAGUAGUUUGACAAGUCUGAACAGAAACUUUGAAGUCAUGUGACGCCCUCAGCUCUUUGGCCCGAACGCUUUCAGUUUGCUUCAACAAUUAAAACCAGUCUGUAGUUUCACUUUUACUUUAUGAUUGACACAUUGUUGAUUAUCAGAAUAGCAGCAGAUUGUUUUUUGAUCAACUAUUUGAUUUAUUAAAUGUUUCAGCUUUAAUUCCUGGUGGAGCAGAUUUUAAUGAUUUCAGAUGCUGUCAUUUUAAUGGCAUGUUUUUAACAUCAAACCUUCACGUGUAAACUAGCUGCACCAUUAACCAGUUGAGUGUUUCCCUCUGGAAACCAGCAAAGUAGCCGCUCUGCGCUGGACUAAUCUGUAGUCCUGUAGUGAACAGAGUCACUGCUCCCGGUUCUUCACACUACGUGCAUCAUGCUGCUGUAUCAGUCAUGCCAGAAACAUGUGUCUCCUAAAUUACAAACCUUUUUCUUUCCCAAAGCUUCUGUUUCUAAACCAGCCUCAGUUUGAUUUCUUGCUGCUCCAUCGCCUCCAGGUAGAGUGCGAUCAGGGUUUAUGCAGGUCCUGGAAAGUCUUUACCAGCAGCCGUCAACACUUAGUCCUCCGAAGGUAUGAAAGUCUAAACCGUCACUCACCAAAGUUUUAAAUCUGGCCCAAGACCUCGCGCAGUACGCAGGUCCCAUCACACUGAGCUGUAGCAGCUGUCUGACCUGCUGCUGGCUACGCUGUCAGUGUGCCACUUUUCACAGGUUUAUUCAUUCACUCAUUUUGGACCAUUGAUGACCACUAAUUAAUUAUAUCAGUGGUAGUUCCUUCUCCCUCCUGCAGAACUACUGGAGGAAAUGGCCUGUCUAAUAAGAGUUUAGGUUAAACCGUCCCUGCAGGGUUUGCACAGUCGAACUUCCCCUUGGCCUGUAUGACUGUGAACCAGGUGUUACUUUAUAUUCUGUGUGCUAUUAUAGACCCCUCAAGUGUUGAAAUUAAGCUGGACUGUGCACAAACCCUGAUUAUCCAUCAGCAGCAUGUUCAGUCUGUUUAUCAGUCACAUUUCCAAUGAAAAAACAGCUGCACUGUAGAGUCAGUGUGGGUUUUAUGGUACAGUGUUGAUGAUGAGUGGUGGUCCGGUUGUGGUCAAAGUUCAGGAUAUUCAGUUCAACAGACAGGAAGUCAACAAACGUCUGUGCACAGCAGGAGGUCAGCCUCCACCCUGAACGCUCUGCAUGAUCCCCUCCUGCAGCACUUUGUGUAUUAACAUGUGGAGAGAGAAGUGUGUCAGGCCCGAUGUGUGGCUGCACAGUGUUGAAGUGACUGAUGAUAACGUGAGAAGGGAACACCACAAAUUGAAACUGUGUGAAGUACAAAUCAAUCCACAGAAUGUUUGGUGUUGUUUUAAAAAGCUUUUUAUUUUUCUAAGGCUUCAUGUGGUGGGAAACUCUCUGCUUCAUUUUCUCACAAACUAAACUCAUUAAAAUAAAAUCACUAUUUAAUAACCACACACUGGGUCAUUUACCUUUGUGUUC